AUGGUCGGAAGAAUAGCGCAUAGUAAUCAUAUUUUAAAUUAUAUUACCCCGAAAACUUACAUAAAAAAUGCACAGCAGGAAAUCGGAGAAAGUAGAAGAGCGGACGUGGAAUUGACAGACAGCAAAGAGAAGAAAGAGAAAUUCGUGCGCAAAAUGAUUGAGAAUUUUGAAUCCAAAGGUCUUUCCAAAGCAGAGAUUUUAAAACUAUUACAAGAAUUACUUGCAAGUACACGUCAUGAAGAUUUGAAGAUGGCUAGUUUCAAUGAGAUCCCGCAGAGAUCUGGCAGUGGCCAACAUCAGACGGAAGGACAU